AUGGCGGAGAUGGAGAUCGCGUCGACUACCGGAUUCGAUGUCCGGUCUGACUUGCGGCGCCGGAAUGUCAAUAUUACGGAGAAGACAAGCAGUUUAGCUCCUGGUGAGGAUAUCAAGAAAAAGCACAGACCCGAGUCUAGUUCCUUUGCCUCAGUUCUGGAUCAUUGGGAGCCUAUAAUCGCGCCAAUCCUUCUGACUGCAUUGGCUGUCUUCACGCGCAUGUACCGGAUCGGUCGCUCGAAUAUCGUGACAUGGGAUGAAGCUCAUUUCGGUAAAUUCGGUUCACACUACCUGAAACGCGAGUUCUAUUUUGACGUUCAUCCGCCAUUGGGCAAGAUGCUCGUUGGGUUAUCUGGUCUCCUUGCGGGCUACAAUGGAUCCUUUGAAUUUAAGUCUGGAGAGCAGUAUCCAGAAGAUGUCAAUUUCACCUUCAUGCGGGUCUUCAAUGCCGCCUUCGGUGUUGUGUGUGUCCCUCUCGCCUACUACACUGCCCGUGAGCUCGGUUUCCGCAGGGCCACUGUCUGGCUUAUCAGUCUGAUGGUGCUAUUUGAGAACUCGUACGCGACUAUCUCAAGAUUCAUAUUACUUGAUUCGAUGCUGCUUUGCUUCACCUUUACAACCACAAUGUGUUGGGCCAAGUUUCAUCGGCUGCAACAUGCUAGCUUUUCGGUCGAAUGGUUCACUUGGCUUUUCUUAACGGGCAUAAGUAUCGGUUGUGUCUGCAGCGUCAAAUGGGUCGGCCUUUUCUGUACCUCUUUGGUGGGACUCUAUACUAUUGAAGACCUAUGGAACAAAUUUGGUGACUUGAAUAUGCCGAAGACAGUACUAGCCAAGCACUUCCUUUAUCGUGUUUUGGGACUGAUCCUCGUACCAGCUUUGGUAUAUCUGCUCUCCUUCUACGUCCACUUCUGGAUUCUUGAAAACAGUGGGCCCGGAGAUGCGCAGAUGAGCUCUCUCUUCCAAGCCAACCUAAAGGGUACCGAGGUUGGAAGAGAUAGCCCUCUCGAGAUUGCUGUUGGUUCUCGAGUCACCCUGAAGAACAUGGGCUACGGUGGGGGACUCCUGCAUUCUCAUGUCCAGACGUAUCCAGAAGGUUCCAACCAGCAACAGGUGACCUGUUAUCACCAUAAAGAUGCGAACAACGACUGGUUCAUUUAUCCUAACCGCCAGGAACCUGAAUAUGACCCGCAGGGUCCACUAUCUUUCAUUGGUGAUGGCGAUAUCAUCCGUCUCAUCCAUGGGCAAACAGGCCGAAAUCUCCAUUCCCACACUAUCCCGGCUCCCGUCACCAAAUCUCAGUAUGAAGUCUCAUGUUAUGGUAAUGUCACCAUCGGAGAUGAGAAGGAUCAUUGGGCAGUCGAAGUUGUCGAUGACGUCGCAUCUCGGGAUCGAAGUAGAAUUCGGACCUUGACCACUGCCUUUCGCCUCCGGCAUAUCAUUCUGGGCUGCUAUCUACGUGCUGGAAAUGUCAAUUUACCUCAAUGGGGGUUCAAGCAGAUCGAGACCACGUGCGCAAAGGAGAACAAUCCACGUGAUGUAUACACUCAUUGGAACAUAGAGUCUCAUUUCAACGACAGGCUUCCACCUGGUGAUCCAGGAUCAUACAAGUCCCCGUUUCUAAAAGAUUUCAUCCACCUGAAUGUUGCCAUGAUGACAUCGAACAAUGCUCUUGUGCCCGAUCCAGACAAACAGGAUGACCUCGCCUCAAAAUUCUGGCAAUGGCCAGUGCUCAACGUUGGGCUCCGCAUGUGCUCCUGGGAUGAUCAUAUCAUCAAAUAUUACCUUCUUGGAAAUCCAGUCGUCUACUGGGGUAGUACUAUUAGUCUCGGUGUCUUUGGGCUUUUGAUCCUUUGGCAUCUUGCUCGCUGGCAGAGAGGGUACAAUGAUCUAAGUCAAGCGGAUAUAGAUCACUUCCACUACUCGGGUUUCUACCCCCUUGUCGGUUGGGUCCUGCACUAUCUCCCAUUCAUAAUCAUGGCUCGGGUUACAUAUGUUCAUCAUUAUUAUCCUGCUCUUUAUUAUGCCAUCCUCACUUUUGGUUUCUGCGUCGACUGGCUGACAAGACCGAUGAGCCCUCGAGUCCGCGGAGUACUGUUCGGCCUUCUUUACACGGUUGUCAUCGGCCUGUUUGUGCACUUCCAGGCCAUUGUGUUUGGCAUGGAGGGCUCUAAUCAACAAUGGGCACAUUUGAAUUGGCUAAGUGGCUGGCGGAUCGCUAAUUAA